AACUGAUCUUGUAUACAUUAAAGAAAACCAGCUUCAAUGGAGUCUGUUAUCUCGGAACUUGAAGGAACCUUAUUGAAAGAUCCAGACCCGUUUUCCUACUUCAUGUUAUUAGCCUUCGAGGCUUCCGGUUUGAUUCGAUUUGCGGUUCUUUUGAUUCUCUGGCCGAUUAUUCGCUUGCUUGACAUGGUUGGAGCUGGUGAUGUUGGUUUUAACGUGAUGAUUUUUGUUGCUACUUUCGGCAUUGGCGAGCUAGAAAUUGAGUCUGUGGCGAGAGCAGUGCUGCCUAAAUUUUUCAUGGAUGAGAUUGACAUGAAAGCUUGGAAGGUGUUUAGCUCGUAUGACAAGAGGGUUGUGGUUACCAAGAUGCCAAGAAUCAUGGUGGAGAGGUUUGCGAAGGAGCAUUUGCGGGCGGAUGAAGUUGUCGGAACAGAACUUGUUGUUAGUCGAUUUGGGUUUGCCACGGGUUUCGUUGAGAGUGAUAUGAGUUCAAUCUCUAAUAGAAUCUCCAAAUUGUUUGUCAAUGAAAAACCCCCAUUAGGGAUGGCAAAAGCUUCUUCCAACUCUAAUUCAUUCUUGUCUCUGUGCAAGGAGCAAAUGCUUACACCAUUCACUAGCACCAAUAACCAAGAUGACAAGGACAAUCGUCUUCUUCACCCACUUCCUGUUAUCUUCCAUGAUGGUCGUCUUGUGAAGCGCCCUACCCCAUCAACUGCCCUACUAAUCAUUUUAUGGAUUCCAUUCGGCAUCGUACUUGCAACAAUUCGUAUUAUUAUUGGUCUCUUACUUCCAUUAAGGGUUAUACCUUAUAUGUCCUAUAUCUUUGGUGGUAAAGUUAUUGUUAAAGGACAAAUACCUCCGCCGGUCUCGAAUGGCAACAUUGGAGUCCUAUUUGUUUGCACUCAUAGAACUCUAAUGGAUCCGGUUGUAUUAUCUACAAUUUUGGGACGUAAAAUUCCUGCUGUGACAUAUUCAGUAUCAAGAUUAUCAGAGAUUUUAUCACCAAUUCCUACUAUUCGAUUAACCCGAACACGAGAUGUUGAUGCAGAAAAAAUCAAGAAAGAGCUUGUCAAAGGAGAUUUAGUGGUUUGUCCUGAAGGGACAACAUGUCGGGAACCAUUUUUACUGAGAUUCAGUGCUUUAUUUGCAGAAUUAACUGAUCGGAUUGUCCCGGUCGCGAUGAACUAUAGGCCGGGGCUUUUCCAUGCAACAACUGCUAGGAGUUGGAAAGGUUUAGACCCUUUCUUCUUCUUCAUGAAUCCCACAUUGGUUUACGAGGUGACGUUCUUGAACCAGUUGCCGAAGGAGGCCACGUGCUCAGCGGGAAGGAGCCCCCACGAUGUGGCAAAUUAUAUUCAAAGAAUCUUAGCAGCUACGUUAGGGUUCGAGUGUACAAAGUUCACGAGGAAGGAUAAGUACAGGUUGCUUGCAGGAAAUGAUGGAACGGUGUCGUAUAACGGCAAAAAAAUUUCCUUUGUCCACCAUAUUCAGAAGGUGGUGAGUACUUUGAUGUCGUUUGAUCAUUGAAGAUAUUUAACAUAUGAGGAAGUCAAGA